CUUCCUGCUUUCGUUGCGGCUAAGCGGAAGAUAACAUUGGAGUUUCAGCAGGCAGUUUGACGGAGAAUACGCUAUUUAGUAUAGCUUUAUUCGAUACAUUUUGAGAUAUAAAGUUUGGAGUGCUAAUUUUCAUCAUGUUUUCCUUCAACAUGUUUGACCACCCAAUGCCACGGACUUUCCAAAACCGCUUCUCCACUCAAUACCGCUGCUACUCUGUGUCCAUGCUGGCGGGUCCCAACGACCGGUCUGAUGUGGAGAAAGGAGGAAAAAUUAUAAUGCCGCCAUCUGCACUUGACCAACUAAGCAGACUUAACAUCACCUACCCCAUGUUGUUCAAACUUACCAACAAGAACUCCGACAGAAUGACACACUGUGGUGUCUUGGAGUUUGUAGCAGAUGAGGGGAUUUGCUACCUGCCACACUGGAUGAUGCAGAAUCUCCUGCUGGAGGAAGGGGGCCUGGUCCAGGUGGAGAGUGUGAACCUCAUGGUGGCCACAUACUCCAAGUUCCAGCCACAGAGCCCAGACUUCCUGGAUAUCACUAACCCCAAAGCAGUGUUGGAAAAUGCCUUGAGAAACUUUGCCUGCUUAACUACAGGAGAUGUUGUCGCAAUUAACUACAAUGAAAAGAUCUAUGAACUGCGAGUGAUGGAGACUAAGCCAGACAAGGCCGUAUCUAUCAUUGAAUGUGAUAUGAAUGUGGACUUUGAUGCGCCGCUUGGUUACAAAGAACCAGAGAGGUGUUACAAAGCACCAGAGGAGCCCACAGAGGAGGAAGGAGACCCCAACACUUGGACUGAAAUGGACAUGAGAUUCAGAGCUUUCACAGGUUCAGGCAAUCGCCUGGAUGGCAAAAAGAAAGGCAUCGAGCCCAGCCCCGUCCCCAUCGAUCCCAGUGACAUUAAAAGAGGGAUUCCUAACUAUGAGUACAAGGUUGGCAGGAUCACCUUCAUCAGAAACUCCAGGCCUCUGCCCAGGAAAACAACAGAGGAUGAGGAUUCGGAAUUCAUUGCCUUCUCUGGUGAGGGAAAGUCACUUCGCAAGAAGGGUGGCAGAAAGCUUUGAGGCACUACAGUAUUCAACUGCAGAGACUGACUGACUGCAGACUCCACAUACAUACUCACACACCCACCAUAAGCAACCAAUAAAGGCAGGUCAUGAAAAGA